UCCAACCAAGAUGGGUACAGGCAGGGGGGCAUGGAUACCACUAUGGAUACCAAUGCUAGUGAUCGCCCUAACUCACCAUCAAGUCCAUGCCCAAGUUGCAGAUCAGCAAUCCCAGUAUGAAGAUCAACAGUCCCAGUACUAUGACCAGCAAUCUCAGUAUGAUCAGCAGCAAUUAAAUUAUGAUUACUAUCAAUCUGUUCAGCAGGAACAAGACCUUUUGACCACAUCAUCUCCCAGGGUCCCAGAUGUGACCAUCAUCCCACCAGUGAGAACAACUCUAGCUGUCAAGGCUGGAAACCCUGCUCACAAUGGGCAAGUGUGUAGUACUUGGGGCAACUUCCACUUCAAGACUUUUGAUGGAGACAUCUACCAUUUCCCCGGGCUCUGUAAUUAUGUCUUUGCAUCUCACUGCAAAUCCACCUAUGAAGAUUUCAACAUCCAAAUAAGACGCACUGUGGCUCAGAAUGCUACCAUUAUUAGCCGUGUUGUCAUAAAACUUGAUGGAGCAGUCAUUGAGCUGACACAGAACUCAAUUCUUGUGAAUGAAAAACACGUUCAGCUACCUUAUACUCAGUCAGGGAUCCUGAUUGAAAGAAGCAUUGGAAAUGAUGUGAAAAUCCUGUCCAAGUUAGGCCUGCUGUUGUUGUGGAAUGAAGAGGAUAACCUUCUGCUGGAACUGAAUGAGAAAUAUGCUAAUCAGACUUGUGGCCUUUGUGGAGACUUCAAUGGUAUCCCAAUAUACAACGAAUUCAUUGCAAACAACAUCAAGCUGAAUCCUGUGCAGUUUGGAAACUUGCAAAAGAUGGACGGGCCCACAGAACAAUGCCAAGAUUCUGUCAUUUCAGCCCCUAGCAAUUGCAGUCAAGAGUCUAGUACUGUUUGCCAGACUGUAUUGACUGGUGAAGCCUUCAUGGGCUGCAAUGAACUGGUUGAAGUGCAAAGUUACAUUGAUGCUUGUGUACAAGAUCUGUGCAGCUGUGAUGCAUCUAUGACGGACUUCUGCAUUUGUAACACCUUUGCUGAAUAUUCCCGGCAAUGUGCCCAUUCUGGUGGGCAGCCCCUUGAAUGGCGAACUCAAGAUUUGUGUGCCAAGUCAUGUCCUUUCAACAUGCAACACCGAGAAUGUGGAUCCCCCUGCUCUGAUACUUGCACCAAUCCAGAAAGGUCCCAGCUCUGUGAAGAACACUGUACCGAUGGCUGCUUCUGUCCCCCAGGCACUGUAUAUGAUGACAUCAACAAUUCUGGCUGCAUUCCUGUUAAGGACUGUUACUGUACUUACAAUGGGGAUACUUAUGCUCCUGGAGCUUCUUUUGCAUCCCAGUGUAUUUCAUGUGCAUGUACUGGAGGCCAGUGGACCUGUAUCAGCCUUUCAUGCCCUGGAAUAUGCUCUAUUGAAGGAGGCUCCCAUAUUGCAACAUUUGAUGAGAAAAGUUAUUCCGUCUUUGGUGAUUGUAGCUAUGUCUUUACUAAGCUGUGUGACAGCAAUGCCUUCACUGUUCUGGCAGAAAUACGAAAGUGUGGCCUUACAGACACUGAAACAUGCUUGAAAGGUGUAGCUGUCAGCAUAGAUGGAGGUCAGACAAUAAUUGUGAUCAAGUCUUCUGGGGUUGUGUACGUGAAUAUGAUCCUCACCCAGCUGCCUGUCUCAGCAUCCAACGUCACCAUGUUCAGGCCAUCAUCAUUUUUCAUCAUUAUAGACACAAAAAUUGGCCUCCAGUUAGAGGUCCAGCUUGUCCCUAUCAUGCAAGUCUUUGUACGCUUAGACCCAACUCACAAAGGACAGACAUGUGGUCUCUGUGGAAACUUCAACAGUGUCCAGUCAGAUGACUUCAAAGCCAUCAGUGGGGUGGUUGAAGGAACCUCUGCGGCUUUUGCCAAUACCUGGAAAACACAGGCUGAUUGCCCUAAUGUCAAAAAUAUAUUUGAGAACCCAUGUACCCUCAGCAUAGAAAAUGAAAAAUAUGCUCAGCACUGGUGUGGACUGCUAACAGACAGCAAUGGACCUUUUCAGAAGUGUCAUGCUAUAGUUAACCCAGCUGUUUACCACACGAACUGCAUGUUUGACACUUGUAACUGUGAAAGGAGUGAGGAUUGUAUGUGUGCCGCCCUCUCCUCCUAUGUCCGAGCCUGUGCUGCCAAAGGAGUCCUUCUGAGUGGAUGGAGGACCAAUAUCUGCACCAAAUACCAAGUAUGUCCCAAAACCCUGACAUACCGCUAUAACAUUGAUUCUUGCCAACCCACCUGUCGAUCUCUGAGUGAACCUGAUGUCACCUGCAAUAUUAAGUUUAUCUCAGUGGAUGGAUGCACCUGUGAAGAAGGAACAUACAUGGAUGAAAGUGGCAAAUGUAUACCUGCUACUAGCUGCCCUUGUUACUAUAAAGGAUCUCCUCUCCCAUCUGGAGACGUAAUUCAUGAAAAUGGCGUCAUUUGCACUUGCACACAAGGAAAGCUUCAGUGCAUUGGACAAGUGAAGCCACAGCCAGUGUGUGAUGCCCCCAUGAUUUAUUUCAACUGUGACAAUGCCACAGCAGGUACCACUGGAGCCGAGUGUCAGAAGAGCUGUCAGACACUUGACAUGGGAUGCUAUAGCACCCAAUGCAUUUCUGGCUGCAUGUGCCCCAAUGAGCUGGUCUCAGAUGGCAAAGGUGGGUGUGUAGCUGCUGAAGAAUGUCCUUGUAUUCACAAUGAAGCAAUAUACAAACCAGGGGAUACCAUCAAGGUGAAAUGUAACACAUGUACGUGUAAGAACAGAAUGUGGGAAUGCACCAAUGAACCUUGCCUGGCAACAUGCUCAGUUUAUGGGGAUGGCCAUUACAUCUCCUUUGAUGGCAAACGCUACAGCUUCAGUGGAGACUGUGAAUACACAUUGGUCCAGGAUCACUGUGGUAAAAACAGCACAAAGGCAGGAACUUUCAGAGUCAUCACUGAGAACAUCCCCUGUGGGACUACUGGGACUACCUGCUCAAAGGCCAUUAAAGUGUUUUUGAAGAAUUAUGAGCUAAUACUCACAGAUGGCAAAUUUGAAGUGAUACAGAGAGUCCCAGGUGGUGAAGUGCCAUACAAAGUUCGAUACAUGGGCAUCUACAUGGUGGUAGACACGAUAGAUGGACUGAUCCUGAUGUGGGACAAGAAAACCAGCAUAUUCAUCAAACUUAGUCCAGAAUUUAAGGGUCACGUAUGUGGGCUUUGUGGAAACUAUGAUGGAAAUGAUAUCAAUGAUUUUACCACCAGAAGCCAGUCUGUUGUAGGAGAUGUACUUGAGUUUGGUAACAGCUGGAAGGCAUCUCCCACUUGCCCAGAUGCCAAAAAGAACAGGGAUCCUUGUACUGCAAACCCAUACAGGAAUUCUUGGGCCCAGAAACAAUGUAGCAUCAUUACCAGCCAGGUGUUUGCUUCCUGCCACUCUCAGGUUGAACCAACAAAAUACUAUGAUGCCUGUGUGUCUGAUGCCUGUGCCUGUGACACUGGGGGAGACUGUGAAUGUUUCUGCACAGCUGUGGCUGCCUAUGCUCAGGCAUGCACUGAGGCUGGUGUGUGUGUUGCUUGGAGAACACCAUCCAUAUGCCCUCUAUUCUGCGAUUACUACAAUCCGCAAGGGGAGUGUGAGUGGCACUACAGACCUUGUGGUUCUCCUUGUAUGAAGACCUGCAGAAAUCCAAGUGGAAAAUGCCUCCAUGAGCUACAAGGCUUAGAAGGCUGCUAUCCACAGUGUCCAAGCAAUAAGCCUUAUUUUGAUGAAGAUGACAUGGAGUGUGUCCAGGAUUGUGGUUGUUUUGAUCGCAAAGGAAAAUAUUUUAAGCCAGGAACAAAAAUGCCUUCAGAAGAGAACUGUCAAUCAUGUGAAUGCACAAUGAAUGGUCAAAACAAGUGCGUCUACAGUGAAGAUGAAUGCUACUGCAUCUAUGAAGGGAAGAUAAGCAAGCCUGGGGAGAUCAUCUACACAACCACAGAUGGCAUUGGAGGGUGCAUCACUGCCACCUGCAGUCACAAUGGAACAAUAGAGAGGAAAAUCUUCCCUUGUCCAAUUUCCACAACAGCUUCCACUACAUUUGUGUUUAGUACCACUUCACCGGCAACUACUACCCCAGUGCCUACCACUACGUCUGUUUGUGUUCAGGAAAUAUGCCAUUGGUCACAAUGGUAUGACGUGACUAACCCAGAUUCUGGAAGUGGUGAUGGAGAUUUUGACACUUUUGAUAAUUUAAAAGCAGAAGGUUAUAAAGUCUGCAAAGCUCCAAAGGCUGUUGAGUGCAGAGCAGAGAAGUUUCCCAAUACUCCAUUAAGUGAUCUGGGCCAAAAAGUAGAAUGUAGUAAGACAGUAGGACUAAUCUGUUACAAUACAGACCAGCAUCCAAUGAGCUGCCACAAUUAUCAAAUCAAAAUCCUUUGUUGUAGUUUUGUACCAUGUGGUUACAGUACUGCGUCCACAUUUGAAACAACUACAGGCACCAUAACUCCUACAACAAUAAAAUCAACUACUACAUUAUCUACUACUCUUACUUCCACAACAACAGUUCCGGAAACAACAAGCAUCUCUGUUACAACACCAGAAAUUACUUCUGCAUCCACUGGAACCACUAUUAAAUCUACCAUAGAAACGGCAUCUCCAACAACAACACAAACUACUUGCAAACCCAAAUGCAAAUGGACUGAAUGGUUUGAUAUACAUUUUCCCAGUUUGGAAAAUAAAGGGGAUUUUGAAACAUAUGACCUCAUUAAAGCUGCUGGAAAAGAUAUCUGUAAAAAACCUGAAAGUAUAAAAUGCAGAGCAGAGAAAUUCCCAGAUAAAUCGAUUGAUGAAAUUGGUCAAAUUGUCCAGUGCAAUGUAUCAUUUGGAUUUAUUUGCAGAAAUGAAGAUCAAUCAGGAGUGCUACAAAUGUGUUUUAACUAUCAAAUAAAAGUCUAUUGCUGUGAAAAUUAUUGUGCGACCACUACACCAGAAACGACUGCAGGCACAACAACUGUUUCAGCAACUACAAAACUCACUACAAUAACUCCUGAAACCACAUCUACAUCAGCACUUAUUACAAAGCCCAAAACCACUACAAGGAAAGUUACAACUUCAAAAGCAAUUACAACACUUUCUCAAACUACAACACGUCUGUCAACGAGAGUAACAAUCAUUCCAGAAACAAGUAUAGAAACUACGACAGGUCCUACAACAACUGAACACUGUAGUGAGGAAGUCUGUGAAUGGUCACAAUGGUAUGAUAUCAGUUAUCCAGGAUCUGCACCUGAUGAUGGAGAUUUUGAUACAUUUAAAAAUAUAAGGGCCAAAGGAUAUGAAGUCUGUAAGAAACCAAAGGCUGUUGAAUGUAGGGCAGAAAGGUAUCCUAACACACCCUUAUAUAAAUUAGAGCAAAAAGUUAUAUGCAGUAAAACAGAAGGACUCAUAUGCCAUAACAAGGACCAAUUUCCAGCACCAAUUUGCUACAAUUAUGAGAUAAGAAUUGAAUGCUGUAAAAAUGUUAUUAUACCAUGCCCAACAACCACUCAACUUACAACUACAAAACCUGUGACCACACCUGCCACCACAACAACUACAGUUCCAGAAACUACCACAACAGGCACAACCACUACAGUUCCAGAAACUACCACAACAGGCUCAACCACAACACCAGCUACUACAGUUCCAGAAACUACCACAACAGGCACAACCACUACAGUUCCAGAGACUACCACAACAAUCACAACCACAACACCUACUACUACAGUUCCAGAAACUACAACAGUUACAACAACAACAGUUCCUGAAACUACCACAACAGUCACAACCACAACACCAACUACUACAGUUCCAGAAACUACCACAACAGGCACAACAACUAUAGUUCCAGAAACUACCACAACACUUACAACUACUACAGUUCCAGAAACUACCAGAAUAGUCACAACAACAGUUCCAGAAACUACCACAACAAUCACAACCACACCUACUACUACAGUUCCAGAAACUACAACAGUCACAACAACAACAGUUCCAGAAACUACCACAACAGUCACAACUACAACACCAGCUACCACAGUUCCAGAAACUACCACAACAGUCACAACUACAACACCAGCUACCACAGUUCCAGAAACUACCACAACAGUCACAACCACAACACCAACUACUACAGUUCCAGAAACUACCACAACAGUCACAACAACUAUAGUUCCAGAAACUACUACAACAGUCACAACCACAACACCAACUACUACAGUUCCAGAAACUACCACAACACCUACAACUACUACAGUUCCAGAAACUACCACAACACCUACAACUAUUACAGUUCCAGAAAUUAUCACAACACUUACUACAACAGUUCCGGAAACUACCACAACAAUCAUAACCACAAUGCCAACUGCUACAGUUCCAGAAACUACCACAACAGCUCCAACAACUACAGUGCUAAAAACUACCUCAACAGUUACAACUACAUUACCAGAAACUACAACAGUCACAACUACAACAAAACCAAUUACUACACUUCCAGAAACUACCACAACACUCACAACAACAGUUCCAGAAACUAGCACGACACCCACAAUACUUCCAGAAACUACUACAACAGUCACAACAACAACAGUUCCAGAAACUAUCACGACACCCAACACAAUUCCAGAAACUACUACAACAGUCACAACCACAACAACACCAAUUACUACAGUUCCAGAAACGACAACGACUGUUACAACCACAAUACCAAUAACCACUACCAUUCCAGAAACCACCACAACUAUUCUAACCACAACACCAACGAUAACUCUGGUCCCAAAAACCACAACAGUUACAACGACAACAAUGCCAGUGACAACCACAAGAGCAAAGACGAUUGUUACACAAAUUGGAACAACUACAACUCAAAAACCAUCUGCACAACCUCAAGUACAACCAACAACAACAAAGCUAACAACUACCACUUCUCCAAGACAAACUUGUGCACCUAUAUGUACAUGGUCCAAAUGGUUUGACGUUGACUUCCCCACUUCUGGAAAUAAUGGAGGAGACAUAGAAACGUAUAAUAACAUCCGGGCUGCAGGAGGCAAAAUCUGUGCAAAGCCAUCAAAUAUCCAAUGUAGAGCUGAAAAUCACCCGGACUUAAGCAUUGAACAAGUUGGUCAGAAUGUAGAUUGCGAUGUCAAGUAUGGUCUGGUGUGCAAGAAUGACAAGCAAGUGGGGGAAUCUAAGCAGUGUCUCAACUAUGAGGUGCGGGUGUUGUGCUGUGAGGAAAACAUUAACUGCCAAACUCCAACUGUACCGACAACCCCCACUCUGGAACUAACUACUACACAGACUGAACCAACAACAACAGUGACAACUACCACCAAACCAGUAACAACCACCAAAGCACCCCGAACCACUACAACAGAGACAACCACAACUACCACCAGCACUACGGCCAAAGAAACCACAACAGCCACAACCACCCAACGUCCUACUCCCACAGUUCCCAAAGAAAUCACCACAACUGCACCCACUACUACCCCCUUGCCCUCACCAACUACAACAACAGAGCUUACAACCACCACUUCUCCAAAAACUUGUGAACCUGUUUGCACAUGGUCCAAAUGGUUUGACAUUGACUUCCCCACUUCUGGACCUAAAGGAGGAGACAUAGAAACAUAUAAUAACAUCCGGGCUGCAGGAGGCAAAAUCUGUGCAAAACCAUCAAAUAUCCAAUGUAGAGCUGAAAAUCACCCGGACUUAAGCAUUGAACAAGUUGGUCAGAAUGUAGAUUGCAAUGUCAAGUAUGGACUGGUGUGCAAGAAUGACAAGCAAGUGGGGAAAUCUAAGCAGUGUCUCAACUAUGAGGUGCGGGUGUUGUGCUGUGAGGAAAACAUUAACUGCCAAACUCCAACUGUGCCGACAACCCCCACUCCAGAACUAACUACUACACAGACUGAACCAACAACAACAGUGACAACUACCACCAAACCAGUAACAACCACCAAAGCACCCCGAACCACUACAACAGAGACAACCACAACUACCACCAGCACUACGGCCAAAGAAACCACAACAGCCACAACCACCCAACGUCCUACUCCCACAAUUCCCAAAGAAAUCACCACAACUGCACCCACUACUACCCCCUUGCCCUCACCAACUACAACAACAGAGCUUACAACCACCACUUCUCCAAAAACUUGUGCACCUGUUUGCACAUGGUCCAAAUGGUUUGACGUUGACUUCCCCACUUCUGGACCUAAAGGAGGAGACAUAGAAACAUAUAAUAACAUCCGGGCUGCAGGAGGCAAAAUCUGUGCAAAGCCAUCAAAUAUCCAAUGUAGAGCUGAAAAUCACCCGGACUUAAGCAUUGAACAAGUUGGUCAGAAUGUAGAUUGCAAUGUCAAGUAUGGACUGGUGUGCAAGAAUGACAAGCAAGUGGGGAAAUCUAAGCAGUGUCUCAACUAUGAGGUGCGGGUGUUGUGCUGUGAGGAAAACAUUAACUGCCAAACUCCAACUGUGCCGACAACCCCCACUCCAGAACUUACUACUACACAGACUGAACCAACAACAACAGUGACAACUACCACCAAACCAGUAACAACCACCAAAGCACCCCGAACCACUACAACAGAGACAACCACAAUUACCACCAGCACUACGGCCAAAGAAACCACAACAGCCACAACCACCCAACAUCCUACUCCCACAGUUCCCAAAGAAAUCACCACAACUGCACCCACUACUACCCCCUUGCCAUCACCAACUACAACAACAGAGCUUACAACCACCACUUCUCCAAAAACUUGUGCACCUGUUUGCACAUGGUCCAAAUGGUUUGACAUUGACUUCCCCACUUCUGGACCUAAAGGAGGAGACAUAGAAACAUAUAAUAACAUCCGGGCUGCAGGAGGCAAAAUCUGUGCAAAGCCAUCAAAUAUCCAAUGCAGAGCUGAAAAUCACCCGGACUUAAGCAUUGAACAAGUUGGUCAGAAUGUAGAUUGCAAUGUCAAGUAUGGACUGGUGUGCAAGAAUGACAAGCAAGUGGGGAAAUCUAAGCAGUGUCUCAACUAUGAGGUGCGGGUGUUGUGCUGUGAGGAAAACAUUAACUGCCAAACUCCAACUGUGCCGACAACCCCCACUCCAGAACUAACUACUACACAGACUGAACCAACAACAACAGUGACAACUACCACCAAACCAGUAACAACCACCAAAGCACCCCGAACCGCUACAACAGAGACAACCACAACUACCACCAGCACUACGGCCAAAGAAACCACAACAGCCACAACCACCCAACAUCCUACUCCCACAGUUCCCAAAGAAAUCACCACAACUGCACCCACUACUACCCCCUUGCCCUCACCAACUACAACAACAGAGCUUACAACCACCACUUCUCCAAAAACUUGUGCACCUGUUUGCACAUGGUCCAAAUGGUUUGACAUUGACUUCCCCACUUCUGGACCUAAAGGAGGAGACAUAGAAACAUAUAAUAACAUCCGGGCUGCAGGAGGCAAAAUCUGUGCAAAGCCAUCAAAUAUCCAAUGUAGAGCUGAAAGUCACCCGGACUUAAGCAUUGAACAAAUUGGUCAGAAUGUAGAUUGCAAUGUCAAGUAUGGACUGGUGUGCAAGAAUGACAAGCAAGUGGGGAAAUCUAAGCAGUGUCUCAACUAUGAGGUGCGGGUGUUGUGCUGUGAGGAAAACAUUAACUGCCAAACUCCAACUGUGCCGACAACCCCCACUCCAGAACUAACUACUACACAGACUGAACCAACAACAACAGUGACAACUACCACCAAACCAGUAACAACCACCAAAGCACCCCGAACCGCUACAACAGAGAAAACCACAACUACCACCAGCACUACGGCCAAAGAAACCACAACAGCCACAACCACCCAACGUCCUACUCCCACAGUUCCCAAAGAAAUCACCACAACUGCACCCACUACUACCCCCUUGCCAUCACCAACUACAACAACAGAGCUUACAACCUCCACUUCUCCAAAAACUUGUGAACCUGUUUGCACAUGGUCCAAAUGGUUUGACAUUGACUUCCCCACUUCUGGACCUAAAGGAGGAGACAUAGAAACAUAUAAUAACAUCCGGGCUGCAGGAGGCAAAAUCUGUGCAAAGCCAUCAAAUAUCCAAUGUAGAGCUGAAAAUCACCCGGACUUAAGCAUUGAACAAGUUGGUCAGAAUGUAGAUUGCAAUGUCAAGUAUGGACUGGUGUGCAAGAAUGACAAGCAAGUGGGGAAAUCUAAGCAGUGUCUCAACUAUGAGGUGCGGGUGUUGUGCUGUGAGGAAAACAUUAACUGCCAAACUCCAACUGUGCCGACAACCCCCACUCCAGAACUAACUACUACACAGACUGAACCAACAACAACAGUGACAACUACCACCAAACCAGUAACAACCACCAAAGCACCCCGAACCACUACAACAGAGACAACCACAACUACCACCAGCACUACGGCCAAAGAAACCACAACAGCCACAACCACCCAACGUCCUUCUCCCAUAGUUCCCAAAGAAAUCACCACAACUGCACCCACUACUACCCCCUUGCCCUCACCAACUACAGCAACAGAGCUUACAACCACCACUUCUCCAAAAACUUGUGCACCUGUUUGCACAUGGUCCAAAUGGUUUGACGUUGACUUCCCCACUUCUGGACCUAAAGGAGGAGACAUAGAAACAUAUAAUAACAUCCGGGCUGCAGGAGGCAAAAUCUGUGCAAAGCCAUCAAAUAUCCAAUGUAGAGCUGAAAAUCACCCGGACUUAAGCAUUGAACAAGUUGGUCAGAAUGUAGAUUGCAAUGUCAAGUAUGGACUGGUGUGCAAGAAUGACAAGCAAGUGGGGAAAUCUAAGCAGUGUCUCAACUAUGAGGUGCGAGUAUUGUGCUGUGAGAAAAACAUUAACUGUGGAACUACACCCAUCCAAACCACCACCACUACUGAACCAACUACUACAUCUACAGAACCCUCUACUACAACUGGCACCUCUUUACAUACAACAACAUGUUUUUGCAAAAUUGGGGAGACUGUUUAUUCUUCUGGUGAAAUGAUUUAUAAUAAAACAGACUACGAAGGUUGCCUUUUCUAUGCUAUUUGUAGUAAAACAUGUACUGUUGAAAGAUUCAAAGGGCCAUGCAAAUCAACAACACCCAAACCAACCACAACUGUUGAAACCACACCUGCCGCCACCACCACCACCACCACAGUUGGGACAACUCGUGUACCUGGUUGUCCUGAUGCUACACCACCCAGGAAGGAGGGUGAGACAUGGGUAUCAAACUGCACCAAGUCAACUUGUGAAGGAAAUAACAAAAUUGUUGUAAAUCAAGUGAAAUGCCCCCCAGUGCGGAAUAUUGUCUGUGAAAAUGGAUACCCACCAGUUAAAGUCUUCAGUAAGGAUGGCUGCUGUUACCACUAUGAAUGUGAAUGUGUUUGUAGCGGCUGGGGUGACCCUCACUAUAUCACAUUUGAUGGAACUUAUUACACCUUCCUCGACAACUGCACAUAUGUGCUAGUGCAGCAGAUUACACCAAAAUAUGACAACUUCAAGGUUCUCAUUGAUAAUUACUUCUGCAAUUCCGAAGAUGGCCUUUCCUGUCCUCAUUCUAUUAUUAUUUACUACAAAUCUGCAGAAAUAAUACUAACCCGUGAACUCUUUAAUGGGGCAGAGGCCAACAAGAUCUACUUCAACAAACAGAUAGUCAGUCCAGGUUUCCAGAAAGAUGGCAUUUCAGUCUCCAUGCUGGGCAUCAAUAUGAUGGUUGAGAUUCCAGAAAUUGGGGCCACCAUCACCUUCAGUGGUUUAAUCUUCUCAAUAAAGCUUCCAUAUAGCAAAUUUGGCAACAAUACUGAAGGACAAUGUGGUACAUGCACAAAUGACAAAACAGAUGAAUGCCGCUUACCUAGUGGUCUGAUUACUGAUUGUCCCCACAUGGCUCCCUAUUGGAGAGUUCCCGAUGACAAGAAACAGUACUGUUUCGGACCACCACCAACAGUUGCAACCACACCAACUCCAUCACCAACCUGCAAACCUAGCAAUAUUUGCCAGAUUAUUUUGAGCAAUGUCUUCGCUAAGUGCCAUGAUGUCAUACCUCCCAAACCCUUCUACCAAGGCUGUAACUUUGAUGCUUGCUAUAUCUCCAAUACUUCUAUGCAGUGUUCUGGGUUGGAGAUAUAUGCUUCUCUUUGUGCCUCUAAAGGCAUCUGUAUUGACUGGAGAGCAAAGACCAAUGGUGCAUGCCCAUUCAUCUGCCCGAAAGGCAAAGUAUAUGAAUCAUGUGGCCCUAUCAACCCUCCCACCUGUGACACAAAAGCUAUUCAGCACAGUGGCAAAGGUAUAACUGAAGGUUGCUACUGCCCAGCAGGUACCAAGCUCUUCAACACCUACAGCAAUGUUUGCGUCCCUGAAUGCUCUUGUGUUGGACCAGAUGGGAUGCCCAGAGCACCUGGAUCAACUUGGAUCAGCAACUGCCAGGAGUGCACUUGUGAGAAAUAUUCUGUUACAGUGCAGUGUAAACCAAAGGCAUGUGUAACUCCUGCCCCAGUGCCCUGUAUUGAUGAAGGGUAUGUGCCUGUGACAGUAACAACACUAGAAGAUCCAUGCUGCCCACAUAAAAAAUGCAUAUGCAACACUACUUACUGCCCCAAAUCCGUCGAUAGCUGCCCACUAGGAUAUGAACUGAAACAAGAAAAAUUACCAGGAGACUGCUGCACUAAAGCCACUUGUGUGAUAUUGCCAGGAUGUGUUGUCAGUAACAUAUUCUAUCAACCUGGAGCAGUUGUCCCAAGGAGCGCCUGUGAAAUAUGCAGAUGCUCUCCUGAACAAGAUAUAAACAACAAAUUAUAUAUGGUGGAAUGUGUAUCAAAAGCAUGCAACACAACAUGUCCAGAAGGCUAUGCUUACAAGGAAAAAGCUGGUCAGUGCUGUGGUGAAUGCACCCCAAUAGCUUGUAUUCUGAAAGAAGAAUCCACUGAAGUCAUUAUCCAGCCUGGAGAGACCUGGCACCAACCUGGAAACAAAUGUAUCUCCUAUGAGUGUGAAUACAUGGAUGACACAUUUGUUCUUGUCACGGUCAAGAGAACCUGUCCUGCCUUACGUCCUGGCUGCCCACCUGAGGAUGUGAAAUUGUCUGAUGAUGGCUGCUGCAAGAUAUGUACUCAGGAAAUACGACAGUGCAUACCCCGCAACACUUCCAAAGUAAUUAGACACAAUGGCUGUGAAGCUUCUUCACCUAUUCAGUUAAGAUUCUGCGAAGGCAACUGUGGUACUUCUUCAAAAUAUUCCCCAGAGACUAAUGAAAUGGAACACACAUGCCAGUGCUGUCAAGAAGUCAAGACGAGCAAGCAGCAAGUAGCACUGAAGUGCCCUGAUGGCUCCAUUGUGGAUUACUCUUACAUCCAAGUGGAGGAGUGCGAUUGUUUGAGCAGUCAGUGCGCUCCCCUGCCGAUCCCCACACAAUCAGAGCAGCAGCAGCAAGAGGAGCAGCAGCAACAGGAAGAGCAACAGCAGCAGCAAGGACAGAUCCAGAAAUAAAACAAAUGACCAAGAAAAAGAAUUAGCAAAGGAUUGAUGUUCAUCUACCCUCUUAUUCUAAAUAGAAAAGAUCCAAAGAACUACCUUCAACAUCCUGAUGAGUUUUCCUCUAAUUAUUGCAAAUCUACUUUCAGCAGGCUUCAUAUGUGUAAAUGUUUUUUUCUUUUGUGACAAACAAGAAAAUUCUUCGGGCUAGUAGGAUUGAGUGACACUGAACUGCGUCCAUAGAUAACUUUUAGGAAAAUUUGGGUGGGAGAUGGGGAGAUAAUAGGAUGUGGGCUUCAUUUUUCUCUGGAAUGAACAAAUAUUAAUUAAGCACUUUAUAUUUAGUAACAUUUCUAUAUAAGCACAAGAGUUUUGAUCACUAAUUGGCAUAGGUCUAGUCAUCAUUUUGGAGCAGAAUGUCUUGUAGCAAAGUAUCGAUUCUAUUCCAAAUUCAUUUGGCAAUGUUGUCUAUUCCAGUCCAACAUCACUACGAAAUGUAGCCCUCAGUUUUUAAAUUUGUUCUCCCUAGCUUUCAUUUUCUUUUCAAAUCUUUUCUUCUGCAAAAUUCAGUCUUUGAAAAAUCAGAAGGCUAUAAUACUAUACAGAAUUUUUUUUUUGCAAAAGAAAAUGCCCUUGACAUGUGCUGCUGCUGAAGACAACACUUUGUUUACAUGACAUCAUCAGCAUAGUUAUGAGGAUUUGGACUUCUGAAUUUUUUUGUAAUUGUUUACAAAAUGAAUAUAGGUGUAUGCAUUUGCCAAAGGGUCAAACCACAAUAAUAAGUGACUCUAAUAUAAUUCUUUUCUAUAAAGUUGAAUUAUUUUUUAAUGUUGUACCAUUACUAUUUAUUUGUUUCUGGAAAAAUAUACUUCUUGGGCUAUUUUCUUUUGAAUUAAUAUCUAUAUUUCUAGCAUCACUUGAUGCUUAGUUGAAGCUUACCUUCUCUUUUUACUUGAUUCUUAAGGACAAAGGUUACACUAAUAAAUAAAAUUUUAGCAUUUUGCAAUA